AGGGAAGAGGGGAGGGGUUUGAACGAAAAGGGGAGUGUCAGUGCGUGCAUACUAAAAAGCUAAUUACUAGACCGUCAACACAAAGACGCAGACACAGAGAUGGACAGCGACUCGGAAAGCAGCGUUUGCAGUGGAUCUGACAGCUCUGUGGAGGUGGAGGACUUCUCUCCACCAGAUUCCCCGCAGUCACAUCUGGUUGAAGAAAGUACAGGUCCACUGCCGUAUCAGUUCGAACCUUUAAACAGAAACGCGCCAGUGAAUGCAGGAGAAAGUGACAAUGCUCCUGACUACGCGAAUAUGGAUGUCUCGCAAUGGUGUUCUUGUGGUAACUGCUCCAGACUCCGUCCAGAGGAAAACGUUUGUUGUAGAGACAUACCAGAGGUGCACACAAAUGGCCGGUUAAACGGCUUAAAUUGCAUAACAAAUGACCCUGGAUUUGAGUCUAUCGCUCUUAACCCAACCGUCCUGCAGCUGACUAAUGCCAUUGAUCGACAUUCGAAUGGGGAGAUGAGAAACGCAGCUCGCAACAGUUUUUACAGACACGUCGCAUACCGAAAUAUUGUCUGGUGGUGCUGGGGAUAUCUCGGAAGAGAGAUCAGAGUGGUGAAACCCUCAUGUGCAGUAACAAGAAUACGACAGGAAUUCCCCGAUGAGAAUGAGAACUACACUGGUUAUUUACCCCGUCCAAUGUAGCAUAAACCAUAUAUAUAUAUAUAUUGUUUAUAUAUUGUUUUAAGAUAAAUAUAAAUAUGUAGAAAGAUUAACAAAUAAACGUAUGUGCACUACAAACAA